AUGUCGCCUCCAGUGACGCCGCAACGUCCCUCCAAGGCGGGGGGAGAUACACAAUCACCGACUAGAAUCUUGGCUAUUGGGAAACCCCUAGCAGUCCAUGACACCAACACAGUUCGUGCGCGGGUGCGAAACUGGCAACAACAAGGCGGAGGAGUGAUCACGGUCAACGAUGGGGUAUGCGACGAAGAGAGCGGGGAUGUCAUAGAGGAGAUCACGCCCAAAGCAAAGCCCAAACCGAAGGUCAGGGUUGAGAAAACAAAGUUCGGCGUUCCGGUUCAAGUCAGGAAACGCAGCAACAGCACACCGAAGAAACGAGUCAUCAGCGAUGAACACUGGAGAAAGAAUAGAUCUAACACACACAUGACUACUCGCAACCUACCAAUGCCGAAGCGCAUCAACGAGUACACUACGAACGAAGGAUCGCCGCGAAGAAAGAGACACGACAAAAAUGAUCUUUCUCCUCCCCGAUCCAGCGAAGGUGGUAGUUCUAGAUCUUCCGCUCGGGAUGUGACGGAGAUCAUCACGAUUAUCCGAAAACCCGAGUCUGUGGCCGAUAGCGACUUGCUGACAGACCUGUCAAAGGUCCCGGACAAUAUGAAAAGACGGUCACCACCUCCCGAAGAUAUCGACUGGACAAAAAGUGAGGCAGACUUCUCAGAGCUGUCGCGGAGACGUGCCCGAGGUCCUGCGAAACAGCCGCCCAAGAGUGGCAUUUUUGCACACGUGCUGGAUGAAUCGAGGAAGAUGUUUACUCGACCUGAAGCUGAGCCACCUAAACCCCAGCCGACCCAACCGUCAGGUCACAAGGUCGAGUCAUGGCUAUCAGAGACAUCAGAUCCCUUUGUGGAUCAUGAUACUAAGAGUGUUAUGCCUGUCCCCCUCGACAUCAAGUCAGCAAAGGCCAGGCGAUCCAGGAGAUUAGCCGAUGAGGAGACAACGAGCUCUAUUGUUUCAGACUCCGAAUCCCGUCCUAGUCGCUCCCACAGCCGAAAAUCUAAAUCUAGGUCGCCCAAAGAAAAGUCCCGCAAGUCUUCAGACUCAAAACCGACUCGAGCAGACACGGGCAAGAAAUCACCCAAGUCCGCCGCUGCUAAAACCUCACACGACAAAUUAUACGAAGAAAGCAUUGCAACUUCUGACGGCUCCGAAGUCUCCGGAAACAAUGCGCCGGUGCCACUCGGCAUCAAACGACCAUUCCCUAGCACUGGCUACCAUCGACUCUCGACCAUCGUCUCCAUAGAAACUCUCAGCUCUCAUCAAGGGACUACAUUAUCUGCCGCCGAUAAUAUCGUUACCGUGGAGCCGGGUCAAAUUGACGAAGAAGCUGCGGAAGGAGAGGAUCAGUUUGAUCCUAAUUCUCUCCCUGCAGUCUCGUCGCAGUUGAAAAGACGGCUCACUACUCACAAGGACUUGAUGUCUGUUUUGUCAGUUCCUGCUUCAAGAAGUCGAAGCAUUCGGUCCAAUCGAAGCACUCGUAGCAACAAAAGUCGCCUAGCAAACGCAACGGUUGCGGACAUUCUGAGUGAGCUCGUCUUAGACGAGGCAAAAUAUAUGCGUGAGCUCAAAACACUCGUUGGCGGAGUGAUCCCCGUACUUUUGACAUGCGUUCUCUCUCGUUCCGACUCAGCUAUUGCAGCAGGCUUGUUUAAUCCUUCGCUGGAUCCGAAGGAUGACUUGAACUUCUCAAAGCCAAUUGUCAAUAUGGGAGUGGCCAUAGAGCGCCUCAAGGCACUGCACAAGAGAAUUCCACAAAAUAAUGCGGAUGCCCUACUUACAUGGGCGCAUGGCGCCCAGAGAGUUUAUCGUGAAUACCUCAAAGCUUGGAGACUAGGGUUCAAGGAUGUCAUAGUGAAUCUUGCUCCCUUAGAAGAGGACCAGGCCAACAACGCUGAUACAAAGAGCCUGGACGAGGGCAUGGAGAGGGAUCAGAAUGGUGAUGUGAUUGACAGUGAUGGCGAGAAAGUGGAUGUCGCAUACCUACUCAAACGACCUCUCGUACGACUAAAAUAUCUCUCGAAGAGUUUCAAGGGUAUCAAUAUGCUUCAACCUUCGACAAAGGCCGAAGAGAUCUCCAACUCCUACCAAGAUCUUGUGAUCGAGGCACGAAAACGAGCCCGAGAUGAACGAGCAAGACUAGAAGAUGAAUCCGCUGCCAGUAUUGACUCGACUCGCGCUAGGGAUCCAAUGACGCUGGGUGUUCUUCGAGACGUUAAAGUUGACCGCACUCGACGAGUCCGGGCUCGUGAUUUCUUCAAUUUAUCUCUAUAUCACUCAAGCGGCCAAUUGGUCGACUGCCGUGCUGAGCUGCUGUACAGAGACAAUGCAUCAGGCAAUGGACCUGGCGGUGACUUGAUGAUCUGUGAGAUCGAUCAUGCAGACCGAUGGUUGCUUUUCCCACCUAUUGAUGUUCGAUGUGUUUCGGCCCGUAAUGGCGACAGCAAAGGAGAAAUAGUUAUCAUGCUGCGCAGUGCCCCUGAAGAUGAGAAAUAUUGGCAAGAGUUGAUCUCACUGCGCAUCGAUGAUUUUGAUAUUGGCGUCGAAUGGGUUCAGUUGCUGGGCUCUGACCCUAACCCACCGACUCUAUGCCGAAGCCAGAGCUUCAUCAGCAGAGCCAAGCAACACAGAUCUCGCAGAUCUAUUGAUUCUCCCCCAAGAGUGCUCCCCAUUGAUGUUGAUAUUCCGAUUGGAGAAAGACGACUCUCUUUAGGUUCCAAAGAACACUAUUCUGAGUCAAGCACCGUGAGCUCAUCUGCCACUGAGACUAGAAGCUCCCUGUACUCUACAGCUACCCGGGAAACAGACUAUACUACAGGCAGCUCCGAUAUUUACGAGAAACAGAGCCGCACAGGCUUGUCUUCUUUGCCGUCUAUCGCUACUCCAGAAAAGACAAGUGGGCUAAAACGAUCCAAAGCCAAAAGAAUAUCGCGCUAUGGGGAAAGUCCGUCUUCAGAUCCCGCAACUCCGAAGCCUCUUGUCAUAGAGAAGGAAAAUGAGGAUCUGCCUUCCGGUAGAUUCUAUGGCGAAGAAAGCGAUUCUGGGCAGGACAGCUCCUAUAGACCGAAGACACCUCAAAAGACACCCCAAACACCCCAACAACAUGAAUACCAUGAGCCCGAGUCUCCACGGGUUUCAACGACGCCCUCGGCACGUCUCCCCCUCAUUCCCAAGAUUCGGAGUUCCAGUAGCCAAACGCAUAUUUCGGCACUGACCAGCAAUGUAACUGACGAGGAAGAAUAUCCUCCCCUUAAAUGUCUGCCGGAGCCAGAACCUGAGACUCGCAGAUCAAGAAGAAGAAAGUCUCGCCGAAAGUCUGGAAAAGAGGAUGCUCCUCCGCCACCUCCGCAUCGCUUGCCCAGCUCUGGAGCCGGAAAACUAUCAAACUCCAACACUCCAGUGCUUAGCCCAUCCGGUCUUCGGCUUAAGCGACGUGGUUCAUCCCCCCUCAAACACGAAUAUGAACCUUCCACAGCUUCUGAUUCUUAUUCAGAAUCAGACUCGGAUGCUUCAACUGUCCGCCACUACACGUACUCCUCAUCCGAAUACUCACGAUCCGAAUUUGAUUCGGACGAAUCUUACUCUUCGGCUUCUGACGAUGAUUUGGACCUUCCCAAACCCAGGCCAUUCGCGGCCGCCUCAUCCGAUGCAAGUUCGCUGUCACCUUCCAACUCUGCCUCACAGGGUGGUUAUCGAACUGUUCCGCUCCAACCUACCAAGUCAUCGACCGCAAUUGCAUCACUCUUCGCUUGGUCAGACAAGGGGACCUGGGAUAGCCUGCUCCCGGAUGAAUGCAGCAUAUCUAUCAGCCCCGGUCUUAUCGAAGCUUUCCAGCUGAACGCCGAUUCUAACAAAGCGUCACCGCGUUCAUCGAGGCCCCUCAUAUCAAUGGAGCUCACACCACUCGUUCCCAUCCGCCGGGGUACUGCCAUUGACAUCAGUAUCCGAUCGCCCCCCACUUCGCGGUCCACAAUUAUGACGAACAACAAUAUAAUGUUCCGGUCUCGCAAUCCUGAUGAGUGUGACACUCUUUACAGCCUCAUCAACCAAGCUCGCAUCAACAAUCCAACCUACAUUGCCCUUCAAAACGCUCGAGGUUCCUUCAAAGAAACUCAGCUUCCAGCAUUCGAACCUGCCACCAAAUCUGGAGGCAGCUGGUUUGGUUUCCCGCGCCGUCGGAAGAGCUACCGCGCAUCCAGCUCUCCACGCUCCCUCGCCGAUGGAUCAGAGAGUAGUGUCGGGAGUGUGAGCACAGCCUUUUCCGCCUUGAAGCGCUUUGGUGGUGCCAGUAAGAUGUUUAAUAUAUCCCGCUCAACAGUGACUUCCCGUGCUGGCCGCGCAGAAAGCAUAUACUCUGGCGAGGACGAUGCCUCCCAUCCCCCAUCUCCACCUACACGCAUUGGUGGGAUUGCAGAUAUCAAGGGUGCCGAUGGAAUUGGCCUGUCCAACUCCAAAAUCCGCAUAUACCUACGUGAAUCUGCCUCCAAGUGGCGUGACAUGGGCGCUGCCCGUCUAACUAUCAUGCCUGCACCGUCUUCUCAAACCUCCUCGCGCCCCGGCACCGCUGUGAGCGGCCGAAGCAGCAGUAGUGGCCACGGUGACUUAAGUGGCACAUCCCCUCCUAGCUCAGGCGCAGCCACCCCAGGAUCCGAGAAGCGUAUCAUAAUCCGCGGCAAGACGCGCGGUGAAGUCCUUCUUGACGCGUGUCUUCCCGAAAGCCGAUUUGAACGAGUCGCACGUACUGGAAUCGCUGUAUCCGUGCAUGAAGAGAACAACGAAGGUGGCUCUCCUGCCAAGAAGGAGGGUGGAGUCACCACCAGCUGUCAACGGAUCUACAUGAUCCAAAUGAAGAGUGAGGUUGAGGCCGCUUAUACCUUCGGUCUUGUGGGCAAACAACGGUACUAA